GUGUGUGUGUGUGUGUGUUGUAGUAAGGGUCUCCACAAGACUGUAAUCUUAGGAUGUUGUAUUGUGCUGAGCAGACGUUAUCUCGCUCAGUCAGAUGGAUCUACAGAUAACAGGCCAUACAACAAGUGCUGAAGGUCAGUUUUAAUGGACGAAAGCUCAUCUGGAGAACUCACACACACACACACACACACUGCCCAAUACUCUAGGUUCUCCAGAGAGCAGGAAAGAAAAUGAAGAUGAAGCUGCCAAACCCGGGUCUGGAGGACCGUAUCCCCUCGCAUGCUGAACUGGAGGACAUGGAUAUGGUCCAGGCUGAGGACCGUCCUCAGUGGGACAAUAAAGCUCAGUACAUGCUCACCUGUGUGGGCUUCUGUGUGGGACUGGGGAAUGUCUGGAGGUUCCCUUACCUGUGUCAGAGCCAUGGUGGAGGAGCGUUUAUGAUCCCGUUCCUCAUUCUGCUGGUCCUCGAGGGAAUUCCUCUCCUACAUCUGGAGUUUGCAAUCGGACAGAGACUGAGGAAGGGAAGUGUUGGGGUCUGGAGGUCCAUCAAUCCAUAUUUAUCUGGAGUGGGUAUAGCAUCCAUGCUCGUGUCCUGUAUGGUGGGAAUGUACUAUAACACCAUCAUUGCCUGGGUCAUGUGGUACUUGUUCAACUCCUUCCAGGAUCCAUUGCCGUGGAGUCAAUGUCCCAUCAAUGAGAACAGAACAGGGCUGGUAUCAGAAUGUGCCCGCAGUUCCUCUGUGGAUUAUUACUGGUACAGAGAAACCUUGAACAUCUCAAAUAACAUCAAGGACUCAGGUGGGUUGCAGUGGUGGAUGGUUCUGUGUCUGAUCACCGCAUGGAUGGUUCUCUGGGUCUGCUGCAUUCGAGGCAUCGAAACCACCGGAAAGGCUGUUUACAUCACGUCCACGCUGCCUUACAUCGUCCUCACCAUCUUUCUGAUACGAGGACUGACUCUCAAAGGUUCUAUGGAAGGCAUCAAGUACCUCUUCACUCCAGAUUUAAACGAGUUGGCAAAUCCAACCACAUGGCUAGAUGCUGGAGCUCAAGUCUUCUACUCUUUCUCCCUUGCCUUUGGAGGACUGAUCUCCUUCUCCAGCUACAACUCUGUACAUAAUAACUGUGAACAGGAUGCUGUUAUCAUUUCCAUCAUCAAUGGGUUUACAUCAGUUUAUUCUGCCAUCGUCAUCUACUCCAUCAUUGGCUUCCGAGCCAUGGAGAAGUUCGAUGACUGUCUCAAUGGGAACAUCAUGGCCCUGCUGAAUACAUUUGACCUUCCCUCUGAGAGCAUAACUGAGAGUAACUAUGAUCAAGCCCUACAAUUUCUCAACAGCACAUCACCAGCCAUAAUAGAGGGGCUCAAUCUGAGGACCUGUAAUAUGCAGGAUCUCCUUAGCCAGGGAGUAGAAGGUACUGGUUUGGCCUUUAUCGUGUUCACAGAGGCCAUCACCAAGAUGCCUAUUUCUCCUCUGUGGGCAGUGCUGUUCUUCAUCAUGCUCCUCUGUCUCGGCCUUUCCACCAUGUUCGGCAGCAUAGAGGGGGUCGUGGUGCCUCUGCAGGACCUCAAUAUCUUCCCCAAGAGAUGGCCUAAAGAAGUCCUAACAGGAAUCGUUUGCUUGGUGUCUUUCGCCGUUGCGCUGAUCUUCACACAACGGUCUGGUGAAUACUGGCUCGCUCUGUUCGAUGGAUUUGCAGGCUCCAUUCCCUUACUUAUUAUCGCUUUCUGUGAGAUGGUUUCUGUGGCUUAUGUCUACGGAAUAGACAGGUUUAAUGAAGACAUCAAGUUCAUGAUUGGACACAAGCCCAAUUUCUUCUGGCAGGCCACGUGGAGAGUGAUCAGUCCUCUCAUCGUUCUUGUUAUCUUUAUCUUCUACCUGAUCUCCACUGCCUCCAGAGAUCUCACCUACAUCGCCUGGAACCCUGAAUCGAAAAACUUUCCCAAUUUAGAGGUUCUGCACUACCCUGACUGGAUCAACAUCAUCAUCUUCAUCCUCUCCGGCGUUCCUGCUCUCAUUAUUCCCACCGUCGCUGUUUAUAAAUUCAUCAGGAUGCACUGCUGUGGAAAAGAAACCAAGAAGACACCAGUCAUAAACACCGUCUCGGCUCAAAUACACGCAGAACUGAAGAACGUGUAGAGCAACAAAGUCACCAGCUUCAUGUGAUGAGAAGAACAUUCAAUCACUUUAUAUAAACUGGAAGUAAAAACACUGUAAUCAUGUCAGAAAUUCGACUUGGAGGCAGAUGUGUACAAGUAUUUCUCUGAAUAUAAAGUAUUUUAUUAUAUAUGCGUAUAAAAGCCAUGUUCCUGACCCUGAUAAUUCAAUUAAUUAAUUAAAGUUUGGUUUUAACAUAAAGCUACAGUGCAGGCGUUCACGGGUCGGGAUAAACAUUUCUACAUGCUUGUGGUUUUCCACAAGAUCUGAGGAGAUACACAUUAAUGGGGUUUUUAUCAAUUGCACUUGUGAAAACACAAAGUCGUUUUUUAACUCACCCAAGGUCAGGAAAGAUCUCUAUAAUCAUAAUCAGGGGAAAAGAACUGGAAAAACUCAACUAUCUAUUACUCAUGAGAAUCUGCACAGGUCUUCAUGCCUGAUCUGGUGGACACUGGGUGUAGCAGUUGGUAGAGGUCUGUUACCUCUGGAACAAGAGUCUCUUCUCCUUGAAUUCAUCAUAAUGGCAAAUCUAUUUCGGCUAAAUAGUUGCAAAUUUCAGGAGGAUUGAACUGAGGUCUUGACGUGACCUUUGAUUCCACUUUUCAUUGGAUUUAGAUAAUGUCUAGCUGUAGAAGGAUCUCCACUUGCUUUAUAAAUGUUUUUGUUUGAAGUUCUGUGAGAAGGUUUGGGGAGAUUUGAAAGUUUCUGCAAAAAUCUGAUCUAAUCUAUAAUGAAGUAUCUCAACCUGAAGGGAUUUUCAUCUUGAUGAUGUUGGUGGUUAUUAAAGUUCAGGUCCCUUUGGAUUCAAGUCUACACACUCAAUCCAAACCAUUAACUGUGUUCUGUUUUAUCUCUCAGUUUGAAUUAGUUCUGUCUGAAUUCUCAAUCCAAUUGUACGGAUUGUGAACAGAAAGACUGUAGAAUAUAGAUUUCAUUAUUGUACAGAAAAUAUUGUUUAUAUUGGAUGAAUGCAUUAUUUUCUUGCACUUUGUCAUGAUGGUUCAUGGUUCAGGACCCAGUUAGUGAUUAUACACUCUAAAGAAAUACUUUGUGUUUUUGCGCUGUAAUUCUGGCUGCAAUAAAAAUUCCUGCCAUUGUUCAGCAUUGGGAAAUAAAGCGUUCCUCAUCUCCCA